AGUGUUGAUCGCCGGAAACUUGGAGGGACUGAGGCGGGAGACAGCGACAGGGGAGGGGGAGGGUCAAAAAGAGGGUGGACACUGGAAGUGGAGGGCAAAGCAACGCUGGCCGAUGCAAGCUCCUGCACCAAGCAGCUGGUCGUCCACGGGCAGCACAGGGGUGUGUGCUGGCGAUUGGUCGAGAAUGGUCUGCCCUAGCGAGGCACCAUGUGUGCUUGGCGACACGAACCUUGACCUUGUGGGUGGAUGUACCCAACAAGGAUCAAGGUUGCCGAGGGCCCGUGUAGGUGAUAGCUAGCGUUAGCGGAAGAGCCGGUUUCCCGGUUUGUCCAAGUCAAUGCCCGUUCCUACCAACAUUUCCUCCAGCCUACAAGGCUUUUAUCUGCGUAAUUGUAAUCUGUACGGAGCGUACCCCGUACAAGAAUCAGUAACAGUCUCAUGGUGACCAACACCGUGACGACGGAGCUUCGGAGCAGCAGCAAUUCUCAGCUCCCAUGGUGUCAGUCCGGCGGCUGUCACCGCUGCAGGCGCCGCCUGGAACGAUGGUGGCAGGGGAAUUUUCAAGGUCGCCAUGGCGUUUAUGUGGCGGCUGGGCGAGACCAGAGCUCGGUGGCCAUUGGACUGCCUUUUAUCGUUCAGUGUCAACUUCGAUUUGGCUUGGCUCCUCAGCAAUUGACGAGAAAACGACCGGUCGCUGCACCCAGCCAUGCAACUUUUUCGCACCAUCCCGUAGCAUGCCAUACGAUAAGUACUGUACGAUGUAUGCUGUUAUUAACAGGCACGCGAGAUUUUUGCAGACUGGAGCCGCAUCGACGGCAAGGCGUGGAGUAUUCUCAGGAUCUCUCGGGUUCCACUCUUUCCUCACUCCAGAUUGGUGCCCUGGACAUCGUCGGCAAAGUGGGGCUGCCUACACGUACGUGUAGAAGCGGGCGGGUCUGGUCCAAGGGAAAAACCAUGGCGGAACAACCGAACAAUUCCAGGCUCUUGCUCCUGCCUUACCAAUUAGCUAGGGUCUGGUGCAGCUUCUAUGUGUAUCUCACGCUGGGUUGCGAAGUCUUCGAUUCUGUAUCAUGUUGUUUACGGAUACCUGUCCCAUGUCCAAGCCAUGACUGGAAUCUGGACCGAAGGUUGACCCGAUAAGGCUCAGCGGGAAGCAGGACAAACGGAGCUGAUGAGGCUGAACCGAUGGAGAAAUGGCCGACAACGCUAUCCGUAUUGAGAUGUUUCUCAAUUUUCACAGUGGGUACAUGCGCCAGCACCAAC